AAGUGUUCAUGCAGUUCUUUGUGUAUGUGGCUUUGCUCACUGUGUGGUUUUAUUAAACAAUGUCAAACACUGCGCUGCUUCUGCUGCUGAUCUGCUCAGCCGUCUCUGUUGAUCCAGCCGUGGGUUUCUAUGGGGGGUCUAUGACUUUUACACCUGGAAACAGAUAUCCAGAUGGAACAGUGGAGAUGCAUUUUUACUACAGAGAGUCGGGCAGAGGGCCCUGUGAUCCACAGUACUCAUGGCGGUGUGAAACUGAAGAUUGUGGACAUCUCACAUCUGCAGAACCUCAGCUGACAUAUCAGGACCGCUUAGAUCAAAGCUCAUGGUGCCAGACAGAGCGUCACAUGAUCACUAAUGUCACCAGUAAUGACCUGUUUAUUCUGGGUGGCAGGAGUUGCUGCUGGGCAAAUAAUGUCAAUGAUAUCCGUGAAUUGACACUUCACACUCUUGUUGACGCAAGACAACGUUCAGACACUCGCACUUCAAACAGAUCUCCAAUUUCAGCAGCAAUCCCAAACAUGAGGGUUCCACAGAACUGCUUCGAGACUCUUCAACUGCUGGCGUAUGACCCUGACGGAGAUGAAGUGAGAUGCAAGUGUCCAUCUUGCAAUCAACACCCAAACAUAUAUGUUGAUGAGGGGUUGUGUGCUCUGAAGAGAAAAGGUUUGUUGGCUGUGGGACUGCAUGCAUUUCAGCUCAUUCUGGAAGAUUAUUCUGUUUCAAACAUCACUCUGACAAAUGGAAAAGGGAUUUCCACACUCAGAAAUGCUUUAAACUGGACAGCAGGCAGUGAUGCAACUCCUCUUAGUCAAGUGCCACUGCAGUUUGCGGUUGAAAUUCUUCCUCCAGUUGAGAGCUGUGUACCAGGAGUCACCAGUCCAAUGUUCCUGACACCCACUCCUUUACAUGGAGAUGUGCAGCAUGCAGCUGUGGGAAAGAUUCAUGUUAUCAUCCUCCGUUCCCAAAGCUCAGGCAGCAGGAUCUACGACUUUCAGGUGAGUGCACCGUGGAAUGUGUCAAAGUCCUUAAAGAAUGAGAGUGAUGGGGUUACUGUGGCAACACUGACCUGGACCCCACAGGUAAAAGACCUCCAUCGUCACGUACCCGUGUGUUUCUCUGCCGAGACACUUCACAGUCAGUCAAAGAUGAGAUGCAUUGUGGUGAUUGUGGCAAAAUCAGAGGUUCUCUCAGGUGAAGCUGAGGUCCUUUGUGAAGAUGAUCAUAUCAGCAUUGCAGUACAAAAAACCUCCAUGAAGGGGAUUGACCAGAACUGGCUCCAAUUGAGAGACCCCACAUGUUCUCUUACCUCCAAUGAAACUCAUAUUCUAGGCACCAUGUCCCUUAAUACCUGCAGCACUACAAUUGAGGAAUCCGGAGAUUUCCUGGUCUUCAAAAAUGAGAUCAAUUCUUUUGAGAACCCCAAUGAAGUAAUAACCAGACACAGUCAAGUUAAGAUCAGCUUUUCUUGUCAGUAUCCCAGAGUGUCCAGUGUCUCAAACCACUACAAGAACCUUAAAUCGGACUACAUCUUUACUGAAUCCAGCUUUGGCACUUUCGGUUACUCGUUUGACAUUUUUACUGACCAAAACUUCAGUAGACAAGUGGAUUCCAGCCUGCAUGCGGUCGAGGUGAAUUUGAUGGAUGUACUCUACAUGGGCAUUGAAGCCCAUUCUGCUCUACCAGACGUCAGACUCUUCGUUGAGUCUUGCAGGGCAACGCCAGAUGACAACCCAUAUAGUGUUCUCUUUUAUGACAUCAUCAAAAAUGGAUGUGUUUUGGAUGAUACAGUCAAUGUCUAUUCUGGUGAUGUAAGAGAGUUUAAAUUUGGGAUCAAAGCUUUUAAGUUCACAGGAGACUACAAUGAGGUGUACAUUAGCUGCUCUGUAAUUCUGUGCGCUGAAGCAAGUUCGAACUCCAGAUGUGCCCAAGGCUGCCUCGAGGAAACUGCACGCAGACGCAAAAGAGAUGUGACCCAAGAAACCGCCACACAUUACAUCAUUCAGGGUCCCUUCCGUGUGCUGAGACAAAAUCAGCAUUCUGCAGCAGCUUCAGAAAAUGGAGGUUCUCUCCACAUCAGUGUAAGCACCGGUGUCUUUGCUGGACUCUUCAUCAUCUGUCUUAUGACGCUGGUGGGACUGUUGGUGUAUUAUGCAAAAAAAGCAAGCGCACAAGACCGCAUGUAUCUGUUAUCCAGCUUCUGAGAUACAUCAGUGUUGGUCAAUGUGCUCACAAAUACAGUAUGUGUCACAUAUCGGUCUCUCUUUCUGUUAUCUACAGUAUGUCUACAUGUAUCUACACACACACUGUUGUUGGGUUUUCAUGUUUUGUAGGGACUUUAUAGACAAUGAUUUUUAUACUGUACAAGCAACUAAUAAAGAAAUAAAUUAUAAUAAACAGGCUCUGACUGACAUUUUUGGUA